GAGAUUUUAAAGUUGUUUUACAGAAUAUUUAUAAAAGUUAAAAUUUCAAAGGUGUUUAACCCGUCUUUAUGUUAACAACAGAAGCUAUUGGAAUUAUAAACGUUAAGAAAAAUAGCUUGCUGAUAAAUCGCUUUAGAACACCAGGUAAGAUCAAACAAAAUAGUUUUUUAGAAUACAGCUUAUUGGACUCAUCAAUUUGCAAAAAAUAGACAAUCGUUGUCAAUUAUUUUCUUCUAUCUUCAACCAAGAAAUACUUUGAAGAAAACAAGUAAAUGUUGAACAAGCUUGAGGAAAAUAGAUAGAUUUAAAUUAAAUGUUCAGGAACUUUCUUUUUUUGUUUUUUAAUAUACUUACCUUAAAAACUGCAAAAUCAUUUUUUUCAUUUAAAAACUUUACUAGAAGUGUUCGUAUUACCUAUUAUUUAAUAUCAACAGAAAAAAAUCUAUAUAUAAGUAUUUCUUUUUUUAGCUAUGUAAGACUUAUCUAUAGUUAGAAAAAGGAAAAUAAAUUCUGUUACUUUGGAAUAAAAUUCUGUUUUUGCGUUGUUAUAAAUUUAUUGCCCGAGAAAAUCUUUACAAGCACAACCUUUAGAAAAAAAUAAUAAAUGAGCAAAAUAGUUGGAAUUAACUUCUUUAAUACAGAAAAUAUUAAUUUUUCUAUUUCUGUUUUAAAUCCUUCAGUAUUGAUUGAUUCAUUCUAAUUAUGAAAGUAAACCACAUUAAUUUAUAAAAUGGUGCACAUACGUAACAAAUAAUUCUCCGAAAUUCUGCCUCUAAAAAUUAUUUUCUUGUUUAUGUAAGUGGAGUAAUAAAAAAAUCGAAUAGAGACCUACUUUUUCACAAACUAAUAUAAAUCAAAUUAGGGAAACAUGAAAAUUGAAUUCGCGUUCUUCAUGAAUUUUCAUAGAUUUGUUUUGCAUGCAUAUGUCGUUUCCAAGAUAGGAAUUGGGUCGCAAAUUAGGGUGAUUCGCGUAUUUGUUGCAUGCCACAACUGGGUUAUAGAGGAAAUUAUACUCUAGGCGUUGCAGAGAUUUGAAUAAUUAAAAUGGUGAUAAGAUUUAAUUACUAAAGCGUUAUUCACACACAAAAAUAAAAAUAAUGGGGGUUUAGGGCGAAUUGUUGAGUUCCUUCACACCAGUUAUUUCUCAAUGUACCAGCUUCAAAUUGCGUAACAUUUUAUCAAAUAUGGGGGUCACUUCCCGUAUAAAUAUUUCUACGUCGUCCCCAAACAAAUCACACGCAAAUAGAUGGUAAACGCCCCUUCAAUUCCAUCAACCAAAUGGGUUAUUCACCUUCAAGAUGUUUGAAUAGUUGUUGCUAUAGCAAUAACAUUGAUCAAAUACGAGAUAAGUUUUCCCGCAUACAUUAUUGUGGUUUUAGUUUCAUUACACUUUCACUCGUUUUACGUGAAACAGUCUGUGUGAAAUUUUUUUUCGAAAAACUAUUUUUUUGACUCAAAUUUCAAGCAAAAGAUUUUCUUUCUUUUUCUAGUUUUCAGUAAUAUAAAAAUAUUGCUCGAUAAAACUGUUUGCUAAGAGUAAAAUGAAAUGUCCACGUACGUAGACAAACCCUUGUCGCUGAUCGAACGGAAGAAAUUGCAGUGGGCGAGAGAAAAAGAAGAACUGGCCGGUUUGUGCGCCCCGUGGGGCACCAACAAAGACCCGCAAACCCUCGACAGGCCAUUCCAGAGGAAUAGAUAUGUUCCUAAAUUGUCAAUGCCUAAUUCCGAGUUCUUCCGCAAUAAUAGUGUUACCAGACGUUCCAGUUUGCCCCCUUUAUCAAAAAAUCAGUACAAUUCGAUUGAUAAGGAGAUGGGUGGUGAGACUUCUGGUUAUGGUAGUGACAAUCCUACCAACAACCAAGAAAAUCAACCCACGAAUAAUUGGAACCAAUCAGGGUACGAAUCUUCCUCUAGUUACAAAGACGAUCGGCCGAAAUGGAAAGACAAAAAUAAAUUCUGGGAUUGUGGGGAAAACGACCCUCCAAGCUGGGUAAAAAGGGGGCUCCAAAGAGACGAAGAAAUUAUUGUUUCAAAUACCUCACCAGCAGAAUCUCCCCAACACCAAGAGGAGGAAAUUGAAAGGCCUUACACUAGUAGCAGUGCUUUUAAUCGGACUUUUAUUCGAGGCCAAAACAUUCCAGUCGAUUCGACUGAACUUGCAGAACGAGAACGAAGAAGACAGAUCGCGAUAGCACAUCAGGAAGCAAUAAGACAACAAUUGGAAGAACGUGAAAGAAAACGACUCGAAGAAAAACAGAAACGUAUCAAAGAAGAACAAGAGGAAGAAUUGAGAAUCGAACGAGAACAAGAAAUGGAAAGACGAAGAAAAGAAAACGAGUUGCGGGCGAUUCGAGAAAAGCAAGAAAGAGAAAGGAAGAGGAAAGAAGCAAUCAAGGAAGCGUUGGAAAUUGCAGAAAAGGAAGCAAAAAUGGAAAAAAUGAAACAAAAAAUGAUGAAACAAAACAACGUCGUUGAGGAAGCGAAAAAUAACAUUGAGAAAGAGAAUGAGACAAUAAGUAAGAAAAACAAUUUGGAACAAGAGAACAUUAAUAAUAAUAAUGUUAACACUAAUAACAAUAAUAAUAAUAAGUGUUUGGUGGUGUCUCCGAGAACCGAAGUUUUGCAUAACGAAGUCAAUAAUAACUUGGAAGUGACAGGAAAGAAUUUGUCACCUCGAAACAAUGACCGGUCAAAUACCCCCAGAAAUUUGAAAUCAUCUUGUAGUUUUCAAGUUUUGACAACUCCACGAACCGAAAUGGCUCUAGUUUUACAAACUCCUUUAGAAACGCUUCAAAAUAUGCAAUAUGCCGUUUUGAUGCCGAGUCUGGGGGGCAACAGCGCCGUCCCCAUAGCCAUACCCUUGGCUGUAUCUCCGGAAAAAACUAGUGGCAGUUUUAGCUCAAGGACGGAAAACCGUAUUUUAACACCUACCCAAUACAGGAAUAAAAAUCGCACAGUUUGUGAUAGUAGCACCCAAACCGAUUGUUGCGAUUUUAAUAACGUGAGACCCCCCGAAAUUGAUAAUAGCAACAAUCAGAAAUUUAUUCGGGAGAAGCUCACGAAUUUGGAAUUGAAUUAUGAUAAUAAGAAUCGGAGAGAGAGGAGGAGUCGGAGUGAUGAUAGGAGUGAAGAGAAGCCGAAAUGGGGGGCAAAUAGGCCCCCUACACGUUACAUGAAACAAAGCGAAAAAGAUCCGUUUUAUCAGAGACGGAAGAUGAGGCAAAAAACGCGCGAUUAUAAGAAUUCGAGUGACGAAAGUCAGACCGGAAGUCCGCGGACGUACCGGAAGAAGAAUUACGUCGAGAAGAGACACACUAGGGCUUUGUGGCGCAAAAAUGACCAUUUUUUCGCCCGAAAUAUUCGGAUGUAUCAGACUGAAAUCGUUCCAUUGGAGUCGGAUAAAGAGCAAAUUUAUUAUCCGCAGAAAUGCGAAUGUUGCUGUAGAUGUCGCUGUGAAACAAAGACGGAAAUUUUGAAAAUUGAGCAUACGUCGCCGCGGGAUAGCCGACUUCCGGAUUGCAAGGAAAAUGUGGAAAAUUCGGCUUAUAUUAUGGAUAAAUUGGCGUCGCUUCAUAAUGGGUUGGUGUUGAAACAGGAACAGUGGGAGAGGUCUCCUAGAACUCCGAGUCUUUCAUCAUCGACUCGCAACACUGAAAAUAAUUAA